CAUCCACCGCGCCGCCAUCGUCGCUGCAUCCUCGUCUCCCACACAGCGUGGAUGAUACCUCGGAAACGAAGCUUUGGACUACGAAAGCUGCUGGUCCUUUAAUCAUUCACCCAAUAACAGUAUGGACCCUCAGAAGCCAGGCCUGUUCUCCUCAAUAUCCAUAGGGAGAGCUUCAAAGAACAAGCACACGGGAGAGGCACUUGCACAUCCCCUUUUGGCGGCUACGAGUUCCUCCACCAGUUUGCCAACAUCAGACUCUUCUCAGCCAGAUACGACGUCUCAACCGCCACCACUUCGACAUAAGUCCUCCGGGUCAUGGUCCAAGAAUACUGGCGAUGCCGUCAAUCUUCCCUAUAAACCGAGGCAACGACAUGGAGGUGGAAUGGGAUCCAUCAACAGCACAGCGAGCAUUUUCGGCUCGACCGGUGCUCCACCUCCAAAUCUUCAGCCGGCACCUACAGGUGGAUCCUCAGGAGCACCUAUUUCUCCCACCCCUGUGUCGGCGCCUCCAACUACUUCUACGUCAACGUCGACGACCUUUGCCCUUCCGCCGUCGCAUUCAGAUCCUCCGGCCCAAGCGAAAGAGUCGGCGGUGUCUACUACGGCAAGUAGUCCCCACGCGAGUUCCAGCAGCUUGACGAGUCGACUGCAGGUACAAAGUCUCAAGGCAGCAGCUCAAGGUAUAGGGCUGGGUAAUGGGAGUAUGGGAAUGUCAAUGAUAGACGCUAUAUUUGACAAAGGUCAACUGGGCAGGGCGAAAGCCGGUGAGGGCGGCGAUUGGGGAGAGCUUUUGAGAAUUUUGAUGGGAGGCAAGGCCAUCUUGCUGCUGCCCACCACCCCUUCAUCCUCAUUACCGAUGACACCGCCAACUUUGAGAGAUCACGUGGCCUUCCUUUCACCUCCUGUCUCCCUCGCCUCGUCUUCUUUCAAAUCCAUACAAUCGGUGAGUGAAACUGAAGAAAAAGCCGAUUUGAAGGAGGAGCAAUUCUGCACCCUCAAUAUCCUCGUCACCCUUUCUGGUCUUAUUGGUACUCUUAAAGGCACAACCCUUUCGUUUGAGUCUACCAUCCCACCCGAUUCACCGCUUUUACAAGCGCUUAAAAACCACUCUUCUCGCCAAACCGCUCUUGCUUCCCUUAGACCUACUCAAAUAUCCUAUAUCAACUAUCCCUCAUACACGCUUUCCUCGGAGACAACAAUUUUACCUUUUCCUCCACACUCAAAAACCGCUCCGCCAAUCCAAUCCGAGAUAAAGGAACGAGAAAGACUUUCGCAAGGCAAAUUGGGUAGGAUUAAUCCAUUUGCGUCCCUGUUUGGCGGUUCGAAUACAAGCUUGAGCUACGAAACUAAAACCGGAGCUUCGCCCUCUCCAAAGCCGGAAGCUCUUCCAUCCGAUAACGGUUUAUCGCCUCCUAGGAGUCCGCCCGCAUCUCCCGGGCCAUCUAGUCCCAAACCUUCAGCUUUGAGCAUAGAUCCUGAUGCGACCUCCAUUUCAUCCGACUCAGUUGCUGUUGGUGAGGGGUAUCAGGUUACAGCGUACACUGUCUCAAGACCUAUCCGUUAUCACGAAAUCCACAAGUCUCUACUUAAGUCUGUGAGAACAGACGUCCGCGAUGCGCUGCACAACAUUCCCGAGAAAGUCGUGGAAAAGGUACUGAAGCUUGCGCUGGCGAAUGCGUGCCCAUCUGGGCAGUUGAUCAGCGAGGAACUUCUAAAAGGACAUCGAUCUCACGGCCCCAGCCACGAGCUGGAUGGCAGCGCAUGGUUGCUUGAUUUUGGAAAUCCGACAGAGACGGGGGAACGGCUUCAGGAUUUUGUGGAGCGUGUUUAUGAUGAGCUUGUGGUUUAUUACAGACAAGAGGUGAAUGGAGGCCUCAAAAGGAAAGUCAGCGGAGGGACAUGGGCCCGAGGCUCACACAAUCUUGAGAAAGAAAAGGAGAAGGAAGUUGAAUUAGGGGAAAGACAAAGAGAGGAGAGGAAAAGGAGAGAUAGAGAAGAAAUUGUGGAAAAAGAGGCUAGCGAAGGCACAGAACGGAUUGAGGGUCUACUGUGUAGGUUGUUGUAUAAUAGGCUGUUUUCGCCUCUGGAGUCGGAUGAUUCGAAGCACGAUGAAGCGUUGGCCUCUCGUAUAGCAGCGCUUAAUAUGCUGGAACUAUCCCUUGACCAUCUAGGGCUGAUUACUCGACCAGAAAGAGAAUACCCGGAGGGUAUCAUCUCGGACGGUUUAGACCGGAUCGUCGAUAAAGUAGGGAAAGAGUUUCAAAAGCUUUCAUUAAUGACCUGUAUAACGCCGAAAGAUAAGACCGCAGUUCUCAUAAAUGCACAUAAAAUCGUUGUCGAUGGGCUCUCUGAAUUGCCUGACAUAGAGCUUCGACCAGAAGGGGAACCAUACCACAAGCCGCAAGAAGUAUCGACUGCCCCAUCAAAUGCCUCAGUUGACCCUACCAUCCUCAAGCCUCCAGCUCUCCCCAUUGUGUCAGAAGGGUCUCUGACGCCAAGUAGAAGUCCAGUCGAGCCUCCAACAGCCCCUUUAUCAAGAAACGUAUCAGGAUCUUCCGAUAUGAAGUCAAACGCUUCAGAUCCUUUAUCGCUCGUAAAUAUCGAAGUGCCUCCCCAUGCUGUUGUGGUCGAUCCUAUUAUUGACCAGCGUCCCUCCACUCCCCGACUUACACACGAUAGUGAGAGUCAGCAAGCGGAGCUCACACCAUUGCAAGAGGCCUUAUCAGAUUCUGUAAUGACAGUGUCCGCCGCCCCUGUACCUUACGAUUCUCUCCCCUUUGAUGAUGCUGCCUCUGUUCCACCGCCUAAUACAUCUUCAGAUAAGCAGACAAAAGCAAGCAAAAAGUCGACUUCGGGCGCAGACCUGAUCUUACCUAUCAUCAUCUACGCCGUUGUCAAAUCCAACCCUCCCCAACUGGCCUCUCAGCUCAUGUACCUUCGCCGAUAUCGCUCUGCCAUCUGUUUGACAGGGGAAGCUAGCUACGCCAUUGUCAAUCUUACCGCUGUAGUCGAAUUCCUCGAACAUGUUAAUCUGUCUGAGUUGGGCCUGGGUAGUGACUCGGACAAAGUUAUGAGCAUUGAGGAUUUGUCGCCUAUCAGGUUGGAUUAUAUGGGCAUGGAUGGGGGGAAUGGGGAUGCAGAGAGUAUUGCCAACGCGUCUACAAAGCUUCGAGGCCGGGUCGGAGAAUUUGCAGGGUCAGCAGCGGGAUCUGCGAACAAGGUGAUUAGCGGGGUAGUAGACACCUCGUGGUCAGCUCUUCGAGGGCUUAUGGGUAAUCCCAAUGCGGGAGCGCUUGAUGGCGAUGAACAAGCAGCAGGUGACAAUUCACGUCCUGGUAUGCGUCCUCGUCAGGCGUCAACAUUUUCUCUCGCAAGCGUAACGGCCAGUGUAGCCAGUAUCGCAGCGGCUGCUGCCUCGCGAAACCGAUCGCGGGCAGACUCUAGGGUGAGUGAGCAGGUUUGGGGUGGGAAUCAGGAGCUUGUGGAAGUUAGCUCGCGGCCAGGAUCGAUCAGGGAGAGAGAAAGUGAUUACCCUACCAGCGAGGAAGAUGAAAGCGAUGAUGGCGAAUUAGAACCUGAUGCGACAUCGUUAAGGUCUAGAAUGCGGAGUGCAACAAACACAAGCUCACGAUCUGCAAAGGAUAAAGAAGAUGGUCCUAAGCAGGAGAGGGUUAGUCUUAGCAAUCGACUGGCGUCCAUUGGAGUGCUUGGGAGACUGAGCAAUCCAGCGAACACCACUGGUGCUGAAAGCACCCUUGCAUCUAACGACAAUACUCUUGGGCCAUCUAAGUCCUUUCUUCAAAGUCUUACCACUGCCCGCUCUGCCAGCAACUCGCAAAGUCAUACUCGUCGAUCGUCGCUCCUAGGCGGGUCGCAAACAGAAUCGCAACAACACAAAGUCAGUUCACCUAGGGGGAGUUUACCGGCGCUCCCUGCGAAUGAUGCUUCUUUCGGUUCACAUGCGUUGCUCGACAAUGUGGAUCCUCCCAUUGAGAAAUUUAUGACGUGUGACGUUGGUGAACUGCGCCUUUCUGAUGUCGGCGAACUGUUGCGGGAUUACCGGCGAUUAGGGACCAUAGUCGCCUUGGCAAACAACAAGUAACUCUAAAUGCGUCACAGUAUUUUGCACAAACAUCAAUGGUCGCUCGUAAAUUGUAUUAAAAUGUUCCAAGGCAUUUCGAUGGGUGUUCCGAUGGAAGAAAGUUAUUCCGUAAUGCAUGUGCGCUUGACCGCUGUUAUUUCUUGCUUUCGCCGUGAUGAUGAAUUGGAGAUAGAGAAGGUGUGGGUCUCAUCGUUCAGUAAUAAAUUCAUUCUCCUAAUAAGGGAUAUUGUUUGUACAGGGAAAGAAUACACCUAUUACAUACAUAGAUAUA